UCUCUUUACUCUUGGGUGUUGUCAAGAUAAUGAAAUCACUCUGCAUCACUCAGACUACUUUCCCUUCUUCUCUCUUUCUCUCUCAGAAAAUAGAGUAAUAAUGUGAAGAAGAAAAAAUGGGUGAAAUAUUAAGAGCAUCAUCGGUUGGUUGUCACCCAUCAGGUGGAUAUGUCAAUGUUAGGAAAGAAAGAAAGGAAGUAUUGCAAGUGGUGGUGGGAAAUGCUAAUAAUUCGAAAUGGCAAUGCAAUGCAUCAACUAAUUCUUCCAAUUCACCGUUAUCUGUCAAGAACGAUACCAAGCCGCUAUCCACAUUUUCUUCGAAAAUUGCUACUGAUAUGCCUCUUUAUGAACCACCUGGGGUCACUUUUGAUGAAUACCUGAAUGACCGAGCUAGAGUUUUCCAAGCAAUCUUUCCGGAUAAGAAAAGAAGUGAGAGAUUGAAUGAGGAGGAAUGGAGAAUACAGAUGCUGCCCAUACAAUUUCUCUUUUUGACUGUCUCGCCUAUCGUGGACAUGACAAUUAGAUGUAAAACUAAUAGUAAAGAUUACCCUGCUGGAGUUCCUAGUGGCAGUACUAAAGUACUAGAGCUUGAUAUAACUAGAUGGGAACUGCAAGGUUUAGACACAGUAUUCCAACCAACUGAAUUCGUACUCGGUGUACGAGGGGCGUUAUAUCCUGUAAGAAGAGGAAUUCGUAGCCGUCUUAAAGGUCAAUUGGAGAUGAGCAUCAGUUUUGUACUCCCACCUGUGGUUUCUGUAGUGCCUCAAGAUGUUCUUAGCAAUGUUGCAGAAUCGGUACUGAACAGAUUAGUGGAGAACAUGAAGCAGAAAGUGAAUGAAAGCUUGGUUGCUGAUUUUAACGAGUACAAAAGGGAGAAAAGAUUACAAGCAUAACUUGAAGCUUUGUUGUGUAUUUUUGGACGACGACCAAAGGGAGGAGUCCCUUAGUGAUGAAAAAAUGGUGAGUUUGUCCGUCACAAUGUUUGUGCAGAGAAACUGAAAUUGGCUUUUUGAAAAUCACAAUUUCAUGAAAUUAAGCUCAAACUUGGGAUCAUCAAUCAAAUUGAUUACAGAUUUCAGUCAAACACCAUUAAACAAACAGAUUCACAGUUCAAAUUUCUUUAAAAUAGCCAUCAGAUCGAUUGAAAUCGAUCAAUUUCAGUAUCAUUUUAUUAAAAAGCAGUUCCCUUUCA